CACACACACACACACACACACACACACACACACACACACACACACACACACACACACACACACACACACACACACACACACACACACACACACAGAUGCGCGAGUGAUGAGGACUUUUGGCGGCAGUGUGACUCAUGUUCCAAAGACAGUGGCUAUGACUAUACAGGUUUCCACCACGGGAGGGGCUGUUUUGAAUCCUGAGGCCACAGUGUUCCAGCUUCCCCCCACCCCGCGCUCCCCAACCCACUCCACGCCCACGCCAGCCCACGCCUCCGCCACGCCCGCCCCAGCUCCCACGCCUACACCCACUCCAGCCCACAUUAACGGCUUCCACAGUAACGUUGACCCCUUCAUGAAUGGGGACGUCGGCCUGGAGUGUUGUGGGGUGGAUUGCCCCGCCACACCGGAGGACUGCCCCGCCAGCGUAGGGGCCCUGGGGGGUGCCACACCGCUGCAGGGGGACGCUCCACCAAAAGCUGCCCCGGCUAAGGCUCUGAGUGGGGCUACAGAGGCUGCCCCGCUCCAGACACCCUCAGCUGCCCCACCACAGCAGAAUGGGGAGGUGACGGCAGGUGUGGCGGGGCAGGGCACUGCGUCCCCCGCCCCGACACCCCCAGCAGCCCCACAGUCUCCCACCCCGCCCUCACCAGCACCCAUGGAGGCGGGGCAGGCAGGGCAAGGGGGGCAGGGGGAGGGUCUGGCCCCAGGGAGCGAGACACAGGCCACACAGACCACCCCUACCCAGACACCCUCUCCCGCCAGCCCCCCGGGAAGCCCUCCUGGCACCCCAGCAGCCACCCCUGCCCCGGGACAGAUGGCCCCGCCACCGCCACCGCAGCAGCCACUCAGCAGGGAGCAGAUCAAGCAGUUAGUGGCCCAGCAGGUGGAAUACUUCUUCUCAAGGGAGAACUUGAGCAGCGAUCCUUACCUGAUCUCUCAGAUGGACAGUGACCAGUAUGUUCCUGUGUACAUCCUGGCCAACUGUACACAAUUCAAGACCAUUACUAAGGAUCACAGCAUCAUUGUAGAGGCUCUCAAGGAGUCUCCGUUUGUUCAGCUGGACGAGGAGAGGAACAGAGUGCGGCCGAACUACAAGCGGUGCAUUGUUAUUCUCAGGGAAAUUCCAGAGUCCACGCCCAUUGAGGAGAUUGAGUCAGUCUUCAAGAGCGACGAGUGCCCGAAAGUUGUGAGUUGUGAGUUUGUACAUAAUUCGUCGUGGUACGUCACCUUCGAGAGCGACGAGGAUGCACAGAAAGCCUACUGGUACCUCAGGGGAGUGGUCAAGACAUUCAAGGACAAGCCAAUACUCGCUCGGAUUAAAACGAAGCCAAUUUCUCGCCUUGGCUGUCUUUCUGUCCUGCCAUCUUACGGAGGGAAGGCUGGAGGGGGCACAGAGGCCAAGGAGGCAGGGAGUGGCACGGCACCCCCCUCAGCCCAGCCCUCCCCCAGCGGCGCCACCGGGGGAGCAAGGAGUGGGGCCGGAACACAGGCAGCAGCAGGGAAUUAUGGGUCGAGUGGUGGCAGGUUCCUGUUCUCAACCCACCAGUCAGUCAAUCCAGGGUCCUACACCUACACCUACACUCCUGCAUCAAGCCCCAUGCCAACUGCCUAUUUCUACCCCAACGUGAUGCAGUGGACCCCGCCGCCGGGAGGUUUCUACGACAUCAACAGCUUCCUUCAAUUCAACGGACUGUCACCGCAGGGCACCUUCACCCCUCACAACCCCGGCCCCACCCUGCGCUACCCACCCAAUAGAAGGAACCCCAAACACCGCGACAACAACAGAUACGACAAGGACAGCCGCCACAACACCACCACCACCGCCACCACCACACCAAACCAAACACCACACUACCAACGACAGCACCACCACCACCACCACAGGCCACACCCAACACCAUCACCCUCACAGCCACAGCCACAGCACCAGCAGCACCGGCCACCAAGUAGAGCACCACCAUCAGCUGCCCCAACACCACCACCACCGCCACCACCAAACAUGGAGAGUUUUGCGCAAAAUGAUAUUAGUUUAGCGUCCCAGAGUGGGUUAUAUACAUCCUUCAGCCCGCCUGCUACUGUGGAGAAGGAGGUGGUGACCGUCUCCACCACAAACACCACAUCAACACCACUGGGGAAGAUUUCAACACCAUCCACAUCACCAACUCACUCACCACCACCUGUUCUAGACGAGGAGCAGAUGCAGCCGCCACCGCCACCACCACAGCCGCCACAGCCUCCUCUACCACCACCGCCACAUCUACACCAGCCACCGCACAUGCAUCCACGUCACCACCAUCACCACCACCACCAUCACCACCAGUUUCCGCCACCACACCACCUCGCGCAGGGACUCCCCGGGCCGCCGCCGCCGCCGCCGCCACAUCGCCAUGGCACCUACCCCCCGGACCACUUCCACCACCACCACCACCCACCACACCUCCACCAGCAGGGACCCAGGCCUGUGCCCCGGAACCCUCGACGCCGGCCCCGGGGCAGGGAGGAGGAGAUGCUUGCGGGGCCAGGGCGGGGCGGACCACCUCAGAGGACCACCGGGGCGCCCCAUCAGCCCCCUGGAAGUGUUGCAGGGGAUGUCGGAAAGCAAGCAACACCAACACCCCAGGAAGGCAGCCCCGCCCCUCCCCCGCCCCCACCCCAGUUUGACCUAGAGGCUGCUUCCUUCCCGCCACUCCCUAGCACCGAUGAGCCAGCAGUGGUGGUGGUGGAGCGCCGCAGCAACGACCCCCUUCCCAGCGCUUGGGGGGAGACACAGCCACAGCGCUUCUCCGACAUCAUGAAAGGGAACCCCAAGCCCCGCCCUCCCUCCAUCACUGACACCCCCACAGACACCCCUCCCACCCCCACCAGCGCCACAGCCACACAGACACCCCCUACCACCACAGUCACCCCCACAGCCCCUGCCACAGCCCCCACCACAGCCACAGCAGCUACCACACCUAGUCAGACCCCAACAACCACUACUACCACCACCACACCACCACCAUCUACCACCAUAGAUGACCACAACCACCACCACCAAACUACCACUACCACUACCACAGCCACGACACCUGCCACAGCCCCUGCCCCAACACCCGCCACAGCCCCACCGCCAGCCCCAGCCCCGAAGCAAGACCCGAGGCCAGCCAGGGACCAAAGACUGGAACGCAGGCCUGUCGGGGCGGGGGCCGGGGCCACACCAAACGGGGCAACAAAUGGACCCAGAGAAAGACGUGAAUUUCCCAGAGAGUACCCACAGCGGGGCCAAGCGGGGCGAGAAUUCCGGGGCAACAGGGACCCCACACUUCGAGCGGGGAAGGAAAAUCGCCCCAUUAGGAGCCGAGAGGACAGAAUGGAUGCUGAUGGUUGGAUAACAAAGGGGUCGAGGGAGAGUAGAGCCCAGAGAGAGACGAGAGAGCAGUGGGAGAGAGGGGAAUCGUCAUCAUCAGCUCCUCGUCACCACUAUAACAACAACAACAACAACAAUCACCACUACCAUCACAACCAUCAUCUUGUUAAUGGUGACUCAGCUUCACCACCACCAUCACCCAAGCCCCAGAAAGGAGAGAGCAAGCUGGGCGACGACUGCACAGAUGCUGCCAAGGGAGUCUCAGGCAGGCCUCUCAACAACAAUGAUGGCGAGCACAAGACCACAUGGGCUAAGAUGGCGCUGGCCUCCAAGGACCACAUGGAGCGACUGGCAGCGGAGCUCAAGGAGAAGGAGGAACAGGAGAAGAUCAAGAAACAGCGCCUCGCCACACGACCCCCGCCCCGGCCCCAGGAGAAGGUUGUGGCGCCCCGUGAGCGUGAUGGCAAGAUGGUUCGCCGAGACGCCCUGCCCCGCGAGCCCCGUGGACUGCCUGGGGAGCGGGGCGGCCCCAUCCCCUUCCGGCCAAGGGACGCCGCCACACCCAAGUCCCCUAAGUGAGGGGCCGGCGGUGCCUUCCCCGCCCGCGCCUCCUCCAGUGCCUACGCUGUCCACCACCCCGUGUACAUAGCCACCCCGCCGCCCCGGAUGCAACGCUCCGCUGGGGCCAGACAGACAGACAGACGACAACAGGCGACUGGUGCCAAACAUGGCCGCCCCGCUUACCUGUACAGUUGAGAGUUUAUUUUUUGACUACAGUAGUAGUUUGGGUGGCGCCCGCCCGCCCACCCACCCUGCCCUACCCCGCCUCCGGGCCUCCCCGCGACGGACAGACACACUGGCAGCGCCGCCGCCGCAGUGUGGAGGACAAGUGUGGCUGAAUCAAAAGUGUGGCUCUGCCCCUCGGCCGCCCCGGUGCUAAGGCCCCGCCCCGCCCCGCCCCUUACUUGGCUGUGACCCGGCGUGGCCCCGGAGGACCCCCGGUUGUGAGUGUGGGCACCCACACUGCAGUGAACCCCAAGACUGGUGGUGUGUGUGUGUGUAUGUGUGUGCCCCGCCCCGCCCCGGCACCACACACACGUACACACGCACACACAGACAAACACUCAGUGACUGUGUUGCCACAGGUUGUACCUUUUUUUCUGCACGGUCAUCCCUGCCCUGCCCCGCCCCGCCCUCGUGUGUACAUAGUGGAGGGCUGGGGCUGUACAGUGUGUGUGUGUGCGUGUGUUUUGCGUGUGUACGCCAGGGACUCAAGGGGACCCAGGCAGACAGUGCCCCGCCCCGCCCCGCCCCGGACAGUGUACCAGCGGUGGUUUCUUUGGUCUUUGCCUUGUUUGGUUUGAGACGCUUUGGUGCGCUGGCUUCCCGUGUGUGUGCGUCUGUGCGCCACGGGGCCCCCAGUGUUCCUGCGUGGUGUGGGGGAGGCCGCCCCGCAACAACCCCCAAGCUGCCCCGCCCCACCCCGCCCCAGUGCUACUUAACGACUUGCCAACUAUGCACGGGCUGGACUCACUGCCGCUACCCCCACCCCCUGCCCCGGCGGCCCUGGUGACUGCCCUGCCCCGCCCCGCCCCGCCCCGAGAGGGAAAACUAGGCCUUAGUAAUUUAUUGCAGCUGCGUCGCCGUUUGCUGUUCCGUUGAUCACAGCUUGGUCGCUUGGCUGCUGCUGCUGCAGUGAGGGGCGGGGCGGGGCAUACAGCUGGGGCACACACUGGGGCGGGGCGGCACUUGUGUACAUAUUGUUGGGGAGAAGCACAGCUGCAGUUUGUAUUAUUUAUUGUUUCCCCGGGGUGCUACGGCCUGGCCUGGGGCGGGGUGGGGUGGGGUGUGGCGGGGCGACACCACAGCACACUGGCACUGCCCCCCCACUACAGUACAACACCACCACCACCACCACACCAACAUUCCCCCCCUCACCACCACUACUUAUACCCCCCAGCCCAAUAACCCCCACCAAACCCCCCUCCCCCUACUAAUCUCACACACCAACUAACCUGCCCUCCUCCACCCACCCCCUACAGCUCAGGAACAGUAGUGGGGCCGCCAGCCUGCCACAGCCCCGCCCCGUCUCGCCCCGCCUGCCAGAUAAUGCCCCCUAUGUCAGUGUGUGUGUGUGUGUAUGUAGGUGAGGUAUGUGCGUGUGUGUGUGCGUUAGUGUGUGUGUGUGUGUGAGAUCUCCGCUGCCUGAGAUCACAGCAGCAUCUUUAGAGUGAUUCUCGGACGCUCGGACAGACGGACAGGUAGCAGGACCCCAUCUUUAAACCCCCUUGUACCCUUUCUCGUGCCCCACCCCUCCUUGCCCCAUGUUUCCUUCUCUCCUCCACCCUGCUCCGCCCCGCCCCGUGCGUCUAAAAACACCAUUUCCUCGCUCAAUACAAAAGAACUUUGGUUUACUAUUAUUAUUAUUAUUAUUAUUUCAUCUUAAUUAAUGUUUAUCAGUUUAGUUUGAAAUAAAUCAGUCUGUGGUUU